UCUCCCAACGCCUCCUCAGCAUCCAGACAUGGCUUGCAAGACUCUCCUCGUUCUGGCUCUGGCCAUCUCAGCUGUCGCCGCCGGCGUCGCCCCUGCGGCUCCCUACGUCGCUCCAGGAGUCGCCACACCCUACGCUGCCCCUGUACCUCCUGUCGCCCCCUACGCUGGUAGAGUGCCUCCCUACGCUGGCUAUAGUGGUGGAUACGGUGGAGCCUACGGUGGUGCCUAUGGUGGUUACGGAGGUGCCUACGCUCCCGGAGCCUACGCCCCCGGCGAGUACGACCCCAACCCCCAGUACACCUUCAGCUACAACGUCGCAGAGCCUCUGACCGGUGACUUCAAGGACCAGACGGAGACUCGCAGCGGAGACGUCGUCCAAGGCAGAUACAGUCUUCUGGAGGCUGAUGGCUCUAGGAGAGUUGUCGAGUACACCGCCGACCCAGUUGGAGGAUUCAACGCCGUCGUUAGCAAGGAAGGAGGAGUCGCCGUCCCACCAGGUGCCGCUCCCGGUGUUACCGCCCCCGUACCCUUUGCCGGAGCUGUCGCCCCCGGAGUUGCCCCCUACGCCGCCGGCAGGUACGCUGGAUACGGUGGACGUAUUCCUCCCUACGCUGGAGCCGCACCCUAUGCUGGAGCUGCCCCUUACGCCGCACCGUACGCUGCACCCUACGCUGCUCCCUAUGCUGCACCUUACGCCGGUAAGGCUCCAUACGCUGCACCAUAUGCUGCCCCCUACGCUGCUCCCUACGCUGCCCCCUACGCUGCACCCUACGCCGCUCCGUACGCUGCACCCUACGCUGCUCCAUACGGCGCUAAGGCUCCGAUCGCUCCUGCCGUUGCUCCCUAUAAAGCGUGGCUGCAAGAGACGGUGUUUUUACAAGUACUUACCAUGGGCGGGGGUCGCCUUCUGGACCAUGACUACGACAACUGGAGCAUACAUUGUCAUAUAUAUAUCACCAGGUCUACUGUCCUCAACAAUACAACAGGUACUCUUUCAGUGUACACACCACCACACUACAGCACCAUGGCUCUUCAGUUGGUACUACUGACGGCUUGUUUCGCCGCGACGCACGCAGCUUACGUUGCCACCCCUGCCCUGGUCGCCCCGGUGCCCACUGUCCCCACCUACACGAGGGCUUACGUCCCCGUCCCCGCCGCCUACGCCGCCCCCGCAUAUACCGCCCCCGCCUACUCCGCACCCCGUGUUGAAGAGUACGACCCCCGCCCCCAGUACAACUACGAAUACUCCGUCCACGACGCCAACACCGGAGACGUAAAGAGCCAACGGGAGAGCCGCGACGGAGACGUCGUUCAGGGAUCCUACAGCCUGGUCGAGCCUGACGGUUCCACCAGAACUGUGGAGUACACCGCCGACCCCCACAACGGAUUCAACGCCGUCGUCCACAAGGAGGCUGGAGCUCACCCCGCCCCCACUGCUGCCGCCCCUGCUAGAGUCGCUACCCCUGUCUACGCCGCCCCCGUUUACACCGCCCCCGCCGCUAGAUACUCGGCCCCCGCCUACACCACAUCUUACCCUACUCCGUCAUACUCUCCCUCUUCAUACCCUGCUCCUGCUUACUCUUCCUCCUCCUACUCCGGCCCCACCUACAGCCGACCUGCGUACUCUUCUCCGUCCUAUUCUCAAUACAACUCUCCUUCAUACCCUACUAGGUACUAUUGAUGUGUCUUAUUCAUAGAGUAAUACGUCUUAUGCCCCGUCUCUGAUCUAUCUUCUUCAUGUACACUGCCAUUUAUUUUAAAUAAAAUACUUUCUUCUGCA